AGGAAGCUCUCUGUCUGUCUACGUGCCUUCCACCUCGUACAACCUCUCCUCCAGCCUACAUCAGCCCGGCUCACAGGAUGCUGCACUAAAAGACGUCAAGGACUUCUCAGCAACAACAGGUGUUUGAGAAUUUUGAAAAAAUGGUUGGAUUUUUCCAAAUGUUGAGAAAGAAAAAGGAGCUGAUCCCUCUGAUAGGGUUCAUGGCUUUUGCUGCAGUAGGAGCCACCUCUGCUGCUCUCUACUUUCUAUUUACAAAAAAUGAUGUUAUUUUGAAUAGGACCAAAAACCCAGAACCAUGGGAGAGACUGGACCCAUCAAAACCCCAAAAGCUCAUCACCAUCAAUCAAGUGUGGAAACCAGUGGAGGAGCUGGAGUAUGUGAAGAGCCUCACCAAGUAAAAGAUCCACAGUGUGACCUCCUGCCUGCCCCCAUCAGUCUAACAGAAUCCUUUCUGCACAAACUAGGAUGCUUUGACACUCAGUGUGCGGAAAUGCUUCUGCUCCACUGGUGGGGUUUCACACUGGCCCAGCCCAAGGACAUCAAUCUAUCCACAACAGUAGAAAACUAUGUUAAUAGAUACGCAUGCUGCCAUGAAGUGAAAAAAGCCUCUGGGUUUCUGUGAUAACAGCUAGAGAUAAACUGUGGUGUUUAAUAGUUCUUACAGUAGACGUGAAUGUACGAUAGUGUCUAAAUGUGAAAGACACAAAAUGUAAACUCAGAAGUAAUAAAAUAAUGUACUGUACAGUGUUAAUAAAUUGUGAUUGUGAGCACUUCUU